GUUUGAUGUGAUAUUCCUUCAUGGCCAUGUAUGUCUUGGGUGCCGGUUCCUUGGGCUGUCUUUGGGCCGCCCACUUGGCCAAGUCCGCUGCGUGCCACCCGACGCUGCUGCUGCGUGCGGGAUCUGCGAAGCUCCGACAUCUGAAGGAUGGUAGGGUGCGCUUGAGGGUGAUCCGAGCUGAACGCGUCCUCGAGGUUGAGGCGAGUUGUUGCUUGUCGGAGCAGAGGAAGUGAACCGGUCCCCAGCGACCUCCGACAUCCAUCAGCUGCUACUGGUCACGAAGGCACCUGCAGCCAGAGAGGCCUUGUUGCAAGUGGCGCCCAGACUCGCCGCAGGUGCGGUGGUGAUCAUCUUAUGCAACGGAGCCCUGGCACUGCAUGAGGAGAUCAGCGAGAUGCCCGCGAGUCAACGCUGGCAUUUGAUGUGUGGACUCACCACACAUGGAGCCUGGUCCAAAGCAGACUUCGAAGUGGUCCACGCCGGAGCGGGCGACACGAUCUUCGGCCAAUAUGGCGCCGUCCGCAUGUCGGAGGAAACAUAUGAGUCCACCUUGGCGCAGUUGCUGGCUGCAGGCCUGGGCGGACGUCAUGAGGCGCACAUUGAGCGAUCUCUUUGGUUGAAGCUGGCAGCCAAUGCUGCCAUCAACCCUUUGACUGCAUUGUUGGAAAAAAACAAUGGCUGCAUUCUAGAGGAGGAGCAAAUCAGCAGGUGCAAAGAGAUUUGCAAAGAGGUUGCAGCUGUUGCCGCUGCAUCUUGGCAUCAGCAAGGCUUUGCAAGUCUUUGCCCAUCGGCCGCUGAAAUGGAAGACUUUGCCCUGGACACGGCCAGGCGAACUAGCCCAAAUCGCUCCUCCAUGUUGCAGGACGUUCUCGCUGAGCGGCCCACCGAAAUCGAUUAUUUGAAUGGUUGGCUGGUGACAAAGGCAAGGACUUUUGGGCUCGAGGUGGCUGAAAAUGCUCAGCUGACCGCAUUGAUCAAGGAAAAGGAGAGACGUUUUCUCGAACCAAAGGCCGCUGACGCCGGAAAAGAGGUGAGCGAUUCGAACGCCCCAGUGGUGUUGAAGAGUGCUGUGGGUCGGAGACAGCUGGGCAAAGCAGCUUUCAGCCAGAAGCUCAGUCGAGAUGUGUUCCUCACCCCUCACCGUCACCCUCCCCAGCAAGGGGGGUUUAGGGUGCUGGAUUUUGUCGAGAACUCCAGCGGCACAGCGAAAUUGAGAGCAUGGGAUAGGGCAAGACUGGACUUGGGCGCUUUGAGCUGGGCUGCCAGUCCUGAUGUUGUGGGAAGUGUGGGAUUUGCUUCUGGGACCAGUCGAUUUUGCUGCUUCUUUGCGCAGGAAAUCAUCAAGAAGAUUGGUGAGGAUGGCUUUGACAUGGAAGAGUUCAAGGCACAGGUCUACAAGGAAGGCUGCAAGAAAUUGCACAUCGUUGAUGUUUAUACCGCUUGGUGUGGUCCCUGCCUGUCAAUAGUUCCAACCUUCAAGAAUCUGCAGAUGAAUAUCGACUACUUCGAGGACCGGUGCACCAUCACACAAGCUGAGAGGACGUGUUUGCCCGAGUUCGAAGAACGAUUUCCAGAGACCAGCAAGCCGCGGUUCCUGUUCUACAAGGAGGGAGAGGAGGUGAUGCAAAUCGAAGGGCUGAAAGCACCCGAGAUCCUCAAGUUCAUCGAAGAGAACUUGCCUGCCAUAGAGACAGAGGAGUAG